GCAUAUAAUAUAUUUUCUUGGACUUGUAAGAAAUGGUUUGCAUGUUUAGAUCCUUAUUUCAAAUUUCAAGACUGCAGAUGUCUUAUGUGUCUUCUAUUGAUCUUUGUAUAUUUCACUAAUAUUUACUGUUGUAAAACAAAAUGAUUGAAUAUAAAAAAGAAAAGAUGAAGCAUGUGAAUUGACUACAAGUAUUCCAGAGCAUGGUGACAGUUCUGUUGAUUUUUGGGUCAUCAGAUUUUAAUCCCAUCAAUUUAUUUCAGUAGGGUGUAUAAUCUUGUGUAUAAUCCAUUCAGGGGUAGAAAGAAUGAAUCCUGGGAUAGACAUUGGAUCUCUGUGGUUAUUUACUUUAAAAAGUUUGUCUAAGAGUCUUGAAUUGAUAUGAGAAAAUUGUCAGUCACUUAUGGAGAACAUGUUAAUCUGGAAACACAGGUUAGGAUACCUCUCAGACUACUAUAUGGAACUUAAAUUCUGUUGAAAAAAUGGUGUGAUACUGAACAGACAUAUAAAACAAUCAGUUUUGUCAGAAUACAUAGUACCAAGACUGCUGACCAGUCUUUUCAGCAAGCUAUCACUCAAAUUACAAAUAUCAUAUUUUAAACUGGUUAGCACAAACAUUGGUACCGUAUAUAUAUGGUCUUGAGGUUUGUUUCUCUUCCUGUUCUUGUAUUUUUGAUUUUCUGUACAUGUCAGAAUGCUCUCGAUCAUGUUUGAUGUAAGAGCUUUAAAACUGACAGGCACCUGAUAUUGAAUCCUGCCUGACUUUACUAUUUCAUACUUUGCCUAGUUGAAACUUUCUUGGUUGAAUGGCAAAUUUUGUGAUGAACAGUAUGUCUGUCAUUGUUACUUUUCAGUAACUAUUGAUGUAUGAUAUUUAUUAAAAUUUAAAAAGUAAAGUAACUGGGUGAAUUUGUAAUGUAAUAAUUUUGAUGUGAUAAAAUAGUUUUACAGUAUUAGAAUUACAUUUAAUCAGUAUCUAAGUAUUAUUGUAUGUUGAUGUUUUGUCACAUAUCAACAUGUAUCUCGGCAGAUUGAAUUAAUGUAGGUAAUGCUCAGUUGAAUUUGAUAUAGUUCAUUUCAGGUAAUAUAGAAGUGUUUAAUACAUUACAGCAACAAUAUGCCUAUGUUGUGAUCCAAGCAUUGAUGACUCAUCUCGACCUACAUGAACGUGACUCUCCAGAUAUAAAAGCUGCCAUUGUUGAUGUUCUGUUCCAGUCUGUUCUUAUAGCUGCAGGAGCAUCUGUAGGGCCAUCUGUACUUGAUGUGUUCAAUACCUUGGUGAGACACCUCCGGAUAUCCCUGGAUAAGAAAAGUUCUGAUGAAGCCACUAGGAUACAGGAGAAAAAGUUUGAGGAGGCAAUUAUCAACACCAUAGGUGAAUUUGCUAACAACCUGCCUGACUACCAGAAGAUAGAGAUUAUGAUGUUUGUGAUGGCAAAGUUCCCACAGUUCGAACAGGAGGAGACUGUAGGUAUACAAAUGGAUGUUCAACUACAGACCAUGCUUCUCAAGACAUUGUUAAAGGUAGCUACAAAAUACAAGACGGUGAACAUAGCCAAUGCAUUUCCACAGGAGUUCUUAUUUCCUUUGUUACGUAUGUCACUGUUUGAUGAUCCAGCCAUGAGAAUUAUUGUACAGGAAAUUUUACAUACAUUGAUUGACAGACAUGACAAUGCUGAGAAGUUGAAGCAUGUUCAAGUGUUUAAAGACAUCUCAAAGGCUGGUUUUAAACUUGAGAAAUGUAAAGGAUCUGAUACAUUAUUUAUGAAGAAGUAUGGUAUGCAGUUUUACUGGUAUUUACUGGAGAAUAUUAAGCUGGAGAGUAACAAGGUAGACAACUUUGAGGCACUGUAUUGUACAAUAACUCUCAUCUGUGUCGAGAUGACAGCAAAGGAGACCGUGAUAGAACUCAUCAGGCUGGCACUGGAUAUGCAGAAUAUUGCAACAAACAAUUUAAGCCUGCCGCUGACCCAUAAGUGUGCAGUACAUGCUCUGGUUGCAGCGUUUAUGUCCUUCCUCGCCCAGGUCUGUGAGUUACAGCAGUUACAACAAUACUCACUGGAGGUAUUAGAAUGGAGAAGAAAAGAGGCACAGCACCUUCUACCAGAGUUUGCUUUCAAUAGGAAAAAUCGGCCUGCAAGGUAUAUUCUGCUUAUUUUCAGUCAAAAUAUAUUCUUUGUAUAAUAUUAUAUGUAUUUAUACCUGUCUGUUGAAUAA